AUGCAAGAUUUCUUAAAUGAACAAAAACAUUUGUUAUCUCUCAAGGUUAUUCGACAAUCAAAUCCCUUGUCUAUCGUCAACAAAGAAAAGAAUGACAAUGAUAAUAAUAAUAACACAUCAACAGAUUCUUUAGAUCCAUUAAAUAACAAUACAUCAUCAAGUAUUGCAGAAUCGAAAGUUCGCACUAAAGAUUUAGAUUUUUUUGAAACUGAAUUAUUACCAUCAACAUCAUCCAAACCACUUGAUAAUAUCUAUUUAGGUGCAACUUUUAACAGUCAUUUUAUUAUCAGCAACGAUUCAUUUCAAUAUGCUCGUGAUAUAUCGAUCAAGGUAGAACUUCAGACAAAUUCACAACGUUUACUAUUAAUUGAUACGUCAACAAGUCCCGUUUCACUUCUUGAUCCAAAAAAAUCAUGUGAAUUUAUUAUAAAGCAUGAAAUUAAAGAAUUAGGAAUUCAUAAUUUAACAAGUCUGAUUACCUAUUCAACAAUUGAAGGUGAAAGAAGACUUUUCACUAAAUUUUAUAAAUUCCAAGUUUUAAAUCCUUUUGCUGUUAAAACAAAAGUUAAUAGUGUAGCAGAUGGGACAAUUUUUUUGGAAGUUUUAAUACAAAAUGUAUCAAAAAGGAAUAUGUAUUUGGAAAAAAUGAAUUUUGAACCAAAUGAGAUUUUUAAUUAUAAAGAUUUUAAUUAUGUUAAUAAUAUUGAUGAAUCAAAUCAAUCAAAGGAUUUAAUAAAAAAAUCAAUUGAUUCAAUUCCUGAAAGUAUAUUUGGUGAUGGUAGUUAUUUAAAUCCACAAGAUAUUCGUCAAUAUUUGUAUAUGUUAACACCAAAACCUACUAUUGAUGAUAAAACUGCAAGAUCUACAACUGCACUUGGUAAAUUAGAUAUUGUAUGGAGAUCAAACUUGGGCGAAACUGGCAGAUUACAAACAAGUCAAUUAGCACGCAAACCACCACUAUUGGAUGAAAUUGAACUUUCAGUUAUUUCAAUACCAUCAAUAAUUGAACUUGAAAUACCAUUUAAAUUAGGAUGUCGAUUGAGAAAUCGUACAUCUUCCACAUUAUCAGUUAUCAUAUCAUCUAUUAAAAACAAAACGGAAUCUGUUUUAAUUAGUGGUAUUUCAACAAUUCAACUAGGUGAACUAUCACCCGACGCUUAUAUUGAUUUUAACAUGGAAUUUAUUCCGUUAAGUCCAGGGUUACAAAAAAUUACUGGAAUAAAAAUUACUGAUAUAAUAUCUAAUUAUACAAAAGAAAUAGAUCAUUUCACAGACAUUUUCGUUUUAUUUUCCAAGUAA